AUGAGCCUGGCAGCCACGUAUGCUCGCCUGCGGACUGACCUGCUCAAUGUAGCAGGCGUGGAUGUCACACUGCUGGACGAAACAGUCGCGCACUUCCAGCAAGCCACGUGCAAGGCUGAUGCGUCGCUGCGCCGCUCGAUCAUCCACAGCGACGCCAACGAGAAGAACAUUUUGGUGGAUGCAGCAGCCGCAGAGGCCGCCGCUGCGGCUGAGCAGCAGGAGGCUGCAGUUGCCACAGACAUUAGAGGCGAAUCACUAAUUACGGGCCUGAUUGACCGGCCUGACAAUGCAGAGUACCUGCUCAGCACCCAGAAGAAUGGGUGGCGCCUGCUGCGCCUGCUGCGCGGCUUGAGCGACGAGCAGUUCCUGGCGGCAGUGGCCCCUGCCUCCCCCUUCUGA